CUGACAGAGAGCCGCACUGCACACUGCCACGCGCUGACGGGGCGAGGCGGCGAUCCCAUCUAUCAUCGCGAUGGGAAUUACCACAGCGCUCCUUCUGAACCGAGCUCGGACCCCCUACUACCUGAAACCGGUCCACCUGGACACACGGACUAUAAAGCUCUGCAGUUGAGACUAUCAAACUCAGCUUCUCUCCUCCAGUAAACUGAGGAGGAUGACGACGACGACGAUGAUGAUGAUGAUGAUGAUGAGAAACAUCUAGCAGACAACUUGGACAAGGACGUUUGCUCGGGCCCCAUCCGUGUUUUGAAUAUCAGGACGAUGUGUGCUAUGUGCUGGUCCGCAGUGCUGUUAUGUACAGUGGUGAUUGACAUCUCAGCUCGGGUUUUGACUACAACCAGCCCAGCUGAUCCAUCCCUCCUCUCUCCCCGCCAAUAUCAGCACACCGACCCCAACUCAGGCACCCAGCUGGUCUGUGACAAGUGCCCGGCAGGCACCCACGUGUCCGUCCACUGCUCCCCAACAGCAGUGAGGGAGUGCAGCCGCUGCCCUGAAGGCACAUUCACACGGGGCGAGAAUGGGGUGCAGAAAUGCCACCCCUGUCAGGCUCCGUGUACUGCAGGCUUCAUUGAGAAAGCAACCUGCACGCCCAUCCAGGACAGAGUCUGCACAUGUCCCCCCAACAGCUUUUUGUUUGGGGAUGGUGGCACAGAGUGUAGGCCUCACUCGCUGUGCCCCCCAGGGACCAGGGUGAAAAGGCGGGGCAGUGAGACCGAGGACGUGCUCUGUAGGCCGUGCCCCAAGGGGACUUUCUCCGCUGUGGAGUCGAGUGUGGUGAAGUGCCGAACCCACACGGACUGCCAAGCUCAGGGGCUGGUGCUGCUCACACCAGGGACUAAAGAGACAGAUAAUGUCUGUGGACCCCCUUCUACAGCCCCCAUUUCUUUUUCAUCUUCACCUCUCUCCACAAGCACCUUACUGGGGACUACACAGCCUGUGCUUGUACAGGAAGCCACGACUUCUUCAUCCACCCCAUCAUCAUCACUGACUGGACCUGCACAUAAAGGCACCUUCAGCCAGUCAGCAGCCAUUCAACUGAGGGGAAACCCAGGUGGGGAAGACCACCGUGCAGAGGGGCUAUUCCUUAGCCGGUCUGGCACUCCCACCCAACAAAAUCGUGAUCCCCCACAGACUCCACCGCUCCCAGCUCACAAGCAGCUCAUGGAUCUCGAGCACCAGCAGGGGCAACCCAAUUCUGACCCUAUGCCAGGCCCCAACAAGAGGAUUGUGGAUGGUCUGGAGGGUGCAGAGGUAGUCAGGGUUAGAACGGGUAUCAGCAAGCUAGCUGGGCAGGGGAGCGGAGGAGGGGGAAGUGGGGUCUCCAGCUACUACAGGCCCACUCGUAGGGGGUCCCCAAGGCCAAGCACCCACAAUCACUUUGACAUCAACGAGCACCUCCCCUGGAUGAUAGUGCUGCUGCUCCUGCUGGUCCUGGUGGUGAUCGUGAUCUGCAGUGUGAAGCGGAGUUCUCGCGUGCUGAAGAAGGGUCCCAUGGACCCUAGCAGCAUCGUGGAGAAGGCAAUUCAGAAGAAACCAACCGUGCCUCCAAUGCAGGUCAAAGAGAAGUGGAUCUACUACUCCAACGGACAGGGGGUGGAUAUCCUGAAGCUGGUGGCGGCCCAUGUGGGCACCCAGUGGAUAGACGUCUAUCAGUCGCUGGCCAACGCCACGGAGAGGGAGGUGGCGGCCUUCUCUAAUGGCUACUCGUCAGAACACGAGCGAGCGUACGCCGCGCUGCAGCACUGGACCAUCCGCGAUAGCGACGCCAACCUGGCCAAGUUAAUCAACGCCCUCCACCGACAGCGCCGCAUCGACGUGGUAGAGAAGAUCCGCUGUGUCAUGGAGGACAACCCACAGUUUGACAUCAACCAGCUGAUGACCUCAGUGAAUGUAAGCCAAAGCCUCAGCCCCGUCCACAAGCCGCUGGAGUCUCCCAGCAGCAUCUGCAGCAACCAUGGGGGUAGCAUGGGCGGGGCCGGCGGCGGGGGCGUGGAGCGGUCGCCGGUGGACCGGAGCAAAGGCUUCUUCCCCGACGAAUCAGAGCCCCUGCUUCGCUGUGACUCCACCUCCAGCAAAGACUCCGCCCUCAGCAGGAACGGCUCCUUCAUUACCAAAGAGAAGAAAGACACUGUUCUCCGGCAGGUGCGUCUGGACCCGUGCGACCUGCAGCCCAUCUUCGACGACAUGCUGCACAUCCUGAACCCAGAGGAGCUGCACGUCAUCGAGGAGAUCCCAGCGGCCGAGGACAAGCUGGACCAGCUGUUUGAGAUCGCGGGAGUCAAGAGUCAGGAGGCCAGCCAGACGCUGCUGGACUCGGUCUACAGCCACCUCCCGGACCUGUUAUAGUGGAGGAAGGAAGGAAGAAACCGCACGGAUGAGAAUCAGCACAGAAAUAGAACGGAAUGCCUUAGUGGGAAGAAUGACUCAGAUCUGAUGCUGUUCAGAACAGCUUGGCUAGAUAUUUGAUCAGAUGACUCAUGUCACAUUCUCUUUCAAGUCUUUACUGGUACUUUACUCCUCCUAACCCUCCAAAUGUCUUUAAUUGUCUUGUGUGUAUACACUGUUACUUUUUCGAAAUACUUCCACCCACUACCAUGAUACAGGGUCAAUGCUUCUUGUAAUUACAGCAUUCAAGUGUCACACCAAGGAGUACUUUGGUUACGGUGGUAUUAUGACAGUAUUGUGACACUAACAAAAAGGCUUAACAGCCUUUAAAUUUAGAAAAAGCUGGUUUAGAGAAGCUGACUAAAUGGAAAAACAAACAGGAACGCACUCUCUUUAUCUUAACCUGCCAAUGCCUUCACUUUUAAAUGGUCAUUCCAGCUUGUUUGUGGGUUGUGCCAAUCAUCCUGGAUUCCCUCGCCUUUAACAUAAUUUCAGUGUUUAAAAAAAUCAAAUUUAGCACGGUGGGUAUUGCAAAAUGACUGAAAGAAAGGAAACUACACAGAAAAUAGCAAAUAAGUUGUCGCUCUAGAUAACACUGAUAUUAUCUUAGGGGUUAAAGAUUCUUGCAGACUCUCCGAUGUUUUGCUGAGGUAUAACUGGUCCCUAAUUCUUUCUUCCCACCCCCUCCAGUUGCCUGUACUCGGAGCAGAUCAGUCAUGGGUCUCUUUGUAAGCACUCUGCCAGACCAGCAGGGGGCAGUGUUAGAUUAGAAGGCUGACCUGCUGCUGUGGAACAAAAGCCAUAUAUCAACAAAUUCUGGAUUAAAAAUCUAAAUAAUCCAAUAUUAUAAAAGUGGAGCAAUAUUUACCCAAUCUAAUAUUCUGAUAUAUGGCUUUGCCUUGGAACUGUUUGUUCAUUUUGGAGCCUUGUCCAAAAGCAAUGACCUGAACAAGAAGAGUGCAGUGUUUACCCUCCCGCCUGCUUCUCUGAAACCAAAGCCAUAUAUCUAAAACAGUUUAGAUACGUGGCUUUGGAAGCUCUGUCACUGCUGGACUCAUAGAAGAAAUAAUUCUAGCAGUACGCACAUUCAGAUCUCUGCUAGCUAGCCCUGUCGGCCUCAACAAAUGUAGCUUUGAUGAAGUGUUCGUGAUACAUUUUGGAGCUUCAUGUUUGGGUGUCUUGGGUGUUUCAGUGCUAUAGUAAGAAUUAUAGAAUCCAAGUGAUUUCUGUCAUGCAGUGGUAUGUUGCUACAUGCUCUAUGUAGUAUUAAAAAUGUAACAAUGAUGCACUAAUUCUCUUUUCUUUUGGAGAGGCAGACAUGUAUUUUCUGGGUCCUUCAUUUUCUUUUAUUCUGAAAUGCUGUUAACUAACAGUUGGUUUUGUUGUAAUGCUUUUUACAUUUAGUUUGAUUUAUUAUGUUCUUGUAGCAUCUCUUUGUUCUCCUUUCUUGACUUCUGUGUACCUGAUGCUUUAGUGGGCAUUCUGAUGUAUUUCAGAUGACCUGGCUGGGAUGUAAGAUGCAUACUCCAUACUUUACUUGAAGUCUCUCUACUUGUGUUUAAUUGAGGAAGAAAUAAUGUACUCCUUAAGUUCCUUCCAAGUUCAACGUUCCUAAACUAAUAAUAAAACUUAAAAAACACCACCAAAAUCUCAUUUGGAGACGAUUUUGCCGGCGCCAUGAGAGCACCAAAUGAUGGACUCUGUUUUCACCAAGCCAGUUACUAUCAAAGCUCCUGUGGUGCUAGAUUUGAACUCUCACCGGUUGGCCUGACACAGGGGUCUUUACCCCGGACUGAUGACGUUUUCCCCCAAGUAUUCCAGACUGAAUGAAGAAGAUUGAAGUUGUGCUGCUGUGGAAAUUCGGGAUGUUGACAUUGAUGCAUUUGAGAAUGUGUGAGCUGGCUCUCCACGAUGCUGUGGGGGCUCCAAACUGUAGGGUGUGGGCUUUAUUUUCUAAGGAAGUCUGACAGAACGAAGGUGAGAUGUGACACGCACAUGUGGUCCGAGUGAAUGAUUUCAUCAAACUUCACGUGUGUAACCAGUAUGUUUACUACUAUGUAACCUCUUAAAAUCAACCAAUUAAAGCUCAAAGCAUUUGUCAUAA